CGGCCCCUGAAAUGCUGCAGCACUUUGUCACUUCUUCACUGUUCUUGCUAUUUUUGAAGUUCUGUUGAAUACUAGUACUUUGUUAUUUAUUGCUGAUAAGAAACACUUCUUCAAUAAUGGGGCUGUUUGGAAAAGAGCCAAAGAAAGAUCCGAAAGAACAGGUACGUGAGUGGUCUGCCGCUUUGAGGAAAGAAGGACGUUUACUUGACAGGCAAAUAAGAACAAUAAGUACUGCAGAGGCAAAGGUCCAAAGGUCAAUCAAAGAAGCUGCCAAGAAGAAUCAGUUGGACGUCUGUAAAAUCCUAGCCAAGGAAUUGAUCCAGUCCAGGAAAGCAAAGAAUCGCAUCUACACAUCCAAGGCUCAUCUUAACUCAGUAGACAUGCAGAUGAAGAAUCAACUAGCGACAUUAAGAAUAAGUGGAGCAAUGCAGAAGAGUACAGAGGUUAUGAAAGUGAUGCAGUCAUUGGUCAAGGUGCCUGAGAUACAAGCCACUAUGAUGGAUCUAUCAAAAGAAAUGAUGAAGGCUGGUAUAAUUGAGGAGAUGAUGGAAGAUACAUUUGAAUCAUUGGAUGAUGAUAUAGAAGAAGAAGCCACCCAGGCUGAGAUUGAAAAGGUUCUCUUUGAACUCACAUCAGGUGCACUCUCCACAGCACCAGAGGUUGACACCAAGCUACCCGAGGGCGCUACAGCAGGUCCAGAGAGCGAGGAAGAGGAGGAAGAAGAAGAUCUUCAAGCAAUGCAGGCUCGAUUGGAAGCACUCAGGAGCUAGUUUAUAUCUCUCAUGGAUUCAAUCCAUACUCUUAUACAAACUAUACCCAAGCCUGCAACUGGAUUCUUUUUUAGAGUGAAACAUUAAUGAUCUUCAGUGCCAGCCUCAUGGUCAUGUAUUGCUGAUCUUUGCUUUUGAUAGCAUGGCAAAGGAUUAUCCAGUACAGGGUUGUCCUCAGAUUCUGUUGUGGAAAUAUCUAUGAUCUUAAAGGUCAAGUCCACCCCAGAAAAUUGUUGAUUUGAAUCGAUAGAGAAAAAUCAAACAAACAUACCGCUGCU